AUGAUUGCUGCUCCAUUGGCUUCAAGCAAUGCGUUUUAUUUUUUUCUCUCAACUGUAACUUUACACUUUGCUAUCGCCGAAAUACCAGAUUGCGCUUUCGAGGACACAGUUAAUAUAACGGGGAAUCAGAUUUUACCCACAGGUUUCUACAACUAUGAAGGUUUAGCGGUGCCGCCUCAUUUGACUGGGUUUUACGAGCACAUAGAGCUCUUCGGUGGUAAACGUGAGGUCGUGGCGAAGCAUUUACGCGGUUGCGUGUGUCAACUCAAGCGUUGUGUGAAAUUCUGCUGUCAUCCCAGAGCCGAUAUGUAUCGGUCGACGGAAACUUUGCGUGUGGAAUGUGAUGAUCAGUUGAAUGCAGAGCUUACAUAUUCGCCAUAUUUGAAUAUAACGUUGAAUAACGGUAAACGCAUUUCAAUGCAUGUGGUGGAUGAGUUUGUGGUACAACAGGGGCUACCGUGUGAUCUGGGAUAUAUGCUAAUGCCACAUCUACGCAAAGAACAUCAGUGGGAACUGUUUGAGAAUGGCUCGCUACUACGCUUUGGGGACCAACUGCUUAUUUCUAGACGAGAUUAUUGCCUGACUGCAUAUCCUGUGGGCAAUCAUUUUGUACUAAAUCCAAUGAAUUGUGAUGCUGGACAGAAAAAUUCUGCAAGCAUAAUGCUUAAUACAAUAAUUAUGUUGAUUUCCCUGCCUUUUCUCUAUGCUACCAUUUUGAUUUUUUGGCUGAUUCCCGGACUACGGAACUUGCAUACCAAAUGCUUGAUUUCUUAUCUAUUCUCGUUAGCUAUUGGCAACACUAUGAUUAUAGCCAUUAAUUUGAGAAAAACGGAUUACGAUAAAGCCAUCUGUGCUGCUAUGGGAUUUAUCACCUAUUAUUUCCUCUCGGCAGUCUUCUUCUGGCUUAAUGUUAUCUGUUUCGAUAUGUAUCAGAAUUUUCACGGCACCAAAGGGAGCAUUCAGCAUCUGUCUCAACGAAAACAGAUUAUCUACUACUCAGCCUACGCUUGGGGUAUGCCGGCUGUGAUGACCGCUAUAACGGUUACUUUACAGUACUCCGACUUAACAGAUGAGUUGAAGUCGGGCAUUGGCGUUACACACUGUUGGUUGAAGAGUAACGAUUGGUCGGCGAUGAUGUAUUUCCAUGGACCUUGUCUCUUACUUAUUGCCAUCAAUAUUGUUAUCUUUUCUGUGACUGUAAAGAAGAUCUAUUCCAUACGCAAGGAAAUAGACGUGUUAACUCAGAAUGAAGAUGGAAUGAGUCGCUUGCGUUUACAACAGAACAACGCUUGGCUCUUCUUUCGCUUAUUCAUUAUAAUGGGUAUUAGUUGGCUGUUAGAGAUAAUCGCUUAUAUGGUCGAUAACAAGAGUGAUUAUGCUAUUAUAUUCAAAAUAACGAAUAUCUAUAACGGUUUUCAAGGAUUAAUCAUAUUUGUGUUAUUGGUUAUGAAGAAGAGGGGGCUCCUGCUCAUAAAGAAUGCUGUUGUGGAAACCGCUUGGAAAGUGCAACGAUGA